AUGGCCUCGGAGAAGCACGUCGCCGUCCUCGCCUUCCCGUUCACAAGCCACCCCCUGCCUCUUGCCAACCUCCUCCAUAAGUUGGCCGAAGCCGCCCCAGACGUCCACUUCUCUUUCUUGAGCACGGCCAAGUCCAACGGCGAUGUCUUCCCGCCUUCGUCGAGGGCCGAGUUGCCGCCCAACGUCUGGAUCUACGACGUCAAUGAUGGCUUGCCGGCCGGUGGUCACAGAGCGAUGAAGCUGCACCCUCUAGAGCAAGUGGAUGUGUUCCUCAAGCAAGCUCAGGAGAGUUUUCGAGCCGCCCUUGAUGCCGCGGAGCGAGAUGCGAGGAAGAAGGUGAGUUGUCUGCUGAGUGAUGCUUUCUUAGUUUUUGCAUGCGAGAUCGCCGAGCAGACGCGCGUCCCUUGGGUGACGUUCUGGGUUGCGUCUCCGUGCUUCUUGUCCGCUUGCAUCCACAUCGACGUCCUCGGCCAGCUCCGCCAUGGAACGUCCCGCGGCGGCGUGCUAGAGGCCGAUGACAAGGCCCUGGAAAUGGUUCCAGGGUUAUCCUUGUUCCGCAUGUCAGAUUUCCCGGACGUGAUACUACAAGACCCGAACCCGAAAAUGCGGACUUCAAGUCCAAGCUCAAGAUCCUCCUCCACGUGGGUUGCCUGA